CUUUAGUAAACUCAAAUAAAAAUCCUUCACUGACUGACAUACCUCAACUGUAUACAUCUUUUAUACAAAUAUAUUAUAACUGAAAAUGCGCAAUUCAAGCGACAUAUUCUGCCUCAAAGAGUUAAAAGACGGAGACAACAGCGGCACCCAAAUGUUCUCAGUCAAUGGAAUGUGCUCACUAUCAAAAAGGGGCCGGAACAGAAACCUCCAUGCCGGCUCCUCAAGUUUUGAGUAUGGAUCGUCAAAAUCCUAUGGAGAUUUGGCACAAGUUCACGAGGAUACCAAUGCUUUUGUUGAAAAAGAUGACUUGGAAACUCUGAGGGAGGCCGACGAGGAGCUCGACCAGUUGGAGCAGCUGCACCUGGAAAAUGGAGAUGAUUCUUUUAGGUCUGACGAACUGAACUAUGAAGCAGUGCCAAGUCCAACUGAAGAAAACAUUGAACAGGUCUCUUUGCUUCCCAACGUUGCUCCCAAGAAGAAGAAAUCCGCGCUGUUUCGUAAGAUUGCCGCGAGAAAAGAGGAAGAGAAAGUUACAGAAUCUGCUAUGGCAAGGAAUCCAUUGACUGGCGCAGGGAUUGAAUUGGAGACUCAUAGGAAGCCGAAGAAAGGAAACGCUAGGACACCUAAAUUCUCCUGGUGAUACAAUUAUUGAUAUUAUAGGAUAUUUUGAUCGUUAAUAAAUAAUAUUAAAUUGAA